AUGACGAUUGAAAUGACUACAUCUUUAGAUACGAAUUUAGUGUAUUUAAUAGAUCAAAUUCGUUCAAAUCUUCUAAUUGCUGAUGGAAAUGAAAUAUUAAAAGAAACUCCACGUGCACAUGCGUGGCUAUUAACAACAUUAUCAAUAUAUGGUGAAAAAUUUUCGGUUUUAUUAGAAUUAUAUCGUUUAUUUCGUGAACAAAAUUCCUAUAUUCUAUUAUCAUUUAUAAUUGAACAUAUUUUACAACAUCAUAUCAAUGAAAUUGAUAAAAAUACAUAUUUACAACAAGAAUUUCAAUUGAUUUUCACUAAUUCUUCAAAUAAUUCAAUUGAAAAAGAUAAUUUUUCCUAUUCACGUCUUUAUUCAUUAUUAUCAUUAUCAACACGUGAAAUAAUCUCAUCAAUAUUAAUACAUAAAUGGUAUAAUGAACUUGAACAAAAUCUUUUAUUAUCAAUAAAUUCAAAUGAAUUAUUAAAUCAAUGUCGAGAAAAAGCACUUGCUUGUUUAUCAUUAUCAUCAUCAUCAAUAUCAUCAAUACUUCAAUUAAUAAUUAAUACAGAAGAUAAAAUUGGUUUUAAAACAAAAUUAUCAUCAUUAAAUAUUCUUCGAUGUUUAUUUGUACAAGAUCUUCUACCAAUUAUAUUAAAAAAUCGACAAGGUUUUGGUAUACAAUCACAUUUAUGUCAUAAAUGGUUAAUUUAUGCGAUUGAAUUUUAUAUAGAAUAUUUAGUAAAUUGUAUAAAAUAUAAUCAAAUUAAAUAUAUUCAUAUUAAAUUAGAAGGAAAUUUUGAUAAAACAUUUUUUUGUGAAAAUCCUAUUGAACAAAUUGAAAUAUUAAUGAAUUUAGCUAUUAAUGCACAAGAAAAUUUUAAUUGGCAACAAUUAAUCAUUCAUCAAGCAAAUCAAAUUGGAUCUUCUAAUCGUCGUCAGAAACUAUUAGAAUUACGUAUACUUAUUGAUCGUGAUCAUAAUUCAACAAUUCGAUGUCCAUUGGAAUGUUUUAUAUUUUGUACAUCAUUUCCAAUAUAUAUUCAAUCAAUAGUUAGUUUAUCAUCAUUAUUUAAUAAUGAAAUAUAUAAAGAUUAUAUAUUUCUAUAUUCAACAGUAUCAUUAAAAACUUUAAUAAAUAAAACAAAUGAAAUCAAUAAUUUAGAAUUAAUUGAAAAUUUUUCAUUAUUUAUUGAAUGUUUAAAUUUAUUACAACAAUCACAAAUAAAUUCAUGUAUUAAAAUUUAUCAAGAAAUUCUUGAUAAAAUUCAUUUAAAUUCGAAUAUUCAAAUUUAUCAACGUUUAUUAAAAAUUUUUUAUUUUUAUUAUGUCAUACAAAAACUCAAAGAUAAUAAAUCUAUUACAGAAACAAAUCAAAAUAAAACAAUAGUCAUUGAUGAUACACCUCAAAGUCCUACAAUGCAAGAUGAUUCAAUUAUUGAAACAAAUUCUAUUCAUAAUAAAAGUUCAUUAAUUGUUCCUGAUAUUGAAAAUCUAAUACAACAAUUAAAUGAUAAUAAUUCACUUGAAUCACGUCUUCAACUUUGUUCAAUUUAUUCAAUAACACAUCUAUCUCAUCAACAGCAUAUAACAGUAUCAUUUUGUAUUGAUACAUUAAUGUAUCUUCAUGAAAAUUAUCGAUCAUAUGAUCAAGAGCAAAUUUUAUUACCAAUAUCAUCUGAUUAUUGUUUUAUUUCUCGUUCAUAUAAACUUUUUUUCAAUUAUGUAUUAGAUAUUAUUCUUCAACAUAUUUCUCCAACACUUAUUCUUUUACAAAUUGAACAACAACGUUCAUCUUCAUUGACAAUUUAUCCAAAAAAUUUAUUUCAUACAUUAACACCAAUGUCACUUCGUUAUAUCUAUGAUCAAAAAUUACUUGGACAAUUAAUAAAAUAUAUUCAAACAACAACAACAACCAAAGAACGACGUUGGAUAACAAUUAAUAAUAAUAAAAGAAAAUUAGAUGAUAAUGAUGAUAGUAAUAAAUUAACAGAUGAACAAUUUAUUGAAAAAAUUAUUCAACAUGUUAGUAAUAUUACACAAUGGACAGAUGAACAACGACUAGAUAUAUCUUCUUCUUUUUUUCUUCUUCUUUUAACCACAGUUUUUUAUUUUAGUGGACGAAAUAUUCCAUUUGAUUUCGAUAAUCAAUUUGAUAAUGAUUUAAAUAUAAAUCAACAACGAAAAGAAAAUGCAUAUUAUGAUCUUACUCCUCAGAAAUUAUUAUUAUAUACAAGAAAUUUAUUUAAUUCUAUUGGAAAUGAACAUCGAUUUCCAUAUAAACAAGAUCCAUCAAUAGCUUUUGCGCGACGAGCUAAAGCAAUUGUCAAAGGUGAUCCAAGAGAAUUUAUGGGAUAA